CGACUCGACUCGAUGACACGUGGAACCGCAGCUGGUCCUGCAUCAGACCACAUUGUUUCGAAACAUCAAUGAUGAAUCAGCGUAUGGAUCCAAAGAAUCAGUGGUUGGUGACAACGAAGGGAAAAUGCAUUCAUAGUAUAGCGGGACAGAACCCCUUUCAUUGAGUACUCCUGGAUCCAUGUCGUCGAACGGAUACUGAGCCGUCACCCAUGAUAGACCAGGGGUAGCAUUCCAUAGGGUUCCGAAUUUCGAACGAACAACGAACACAGGUCUCGGGUCGCGUUCGUUCGUGAGCCUCGAACACGGAACCUUGGCAGUUCGAGUUCGUUCGACCCCCAAGACAAUGUGUUCGUGUUCGACUCGAACAAGGCGAUCUUAGCAGUCACAUACUAAAAGGUAUUGAUGCUUAGCAAUGGAGAAAAAAAGGUCUAUAAUGGCCUCAGCCAAUCAGCGCUGUGCUCUACUUUGUCUCUCGCGCUGCUUGAGCCAACUGCUCAUACACAUGAGUGCAUUGACACUUUUUGCUUGCAUGCGAUUUCGCGUGUGAGGCAGAAGCAGUCGGCCUGCCGAGAAAGCACGCUCUGCAGAUGCGCUUGUAGCUUGAAUAGCCAGAUAGCUAAAAGCCAGCUCGGCAAGCUUCGGAAAGCGCUUGUUGCCAUGGUCGCGCCACCAUUGCAAUGGAUCAGAUUCGAAAGGAGCAAGUGGUUCGUCACAAUACAUCUUGAUCAGCGAUUCAGCGGAUUGAUCUGGCGAUGGGUGCUCCACAGGGAGGUCUGUUUUCAAGAAGGCUCUCAGAUAGCUUGAAGCAGCCGGAGCAGAGACCGUGGACUGCGAGUCUGGACGCCCGCCUGACGAGGCUGGUGCUGCUUGCCCCUCCUCGUCAUUUUCCGGAGAAGAAAUAAGCAGCUCGAGAAGUUGUGCGAGAAUAUCAGCCUUGUCAAAUAGCGCAGGCAGUUUCUGCAGCUUGAAGCGGGGAUCCAGGACAAGCGCAACACCCAAGCAUGUCUUCUCUUGGAAUAUCAUCGCGUACUUGUGCAACUUGGCCGCGAUGACAUCAAAUGCGUCAUCAAGGAUGCCAGCCGGGUCUUUGGCUAAUUGCUCCAGUUUCACUAUGUCCGGCAAACUUGUGAAGAACAUAAUCGCCGUAGAGGCACUGACAGAUUGAGACUGACACACCAUGC